AUGUACAAAGUCGAAACACGAGUCUUGAGCACCGAUGCUUCACUCAUCUUGUUCAAGACCUCAAAGUCUUGCUGGAGGGUUUAUGAUCGGCGUGCGGGCAAGACUAUCAAACAGGACUUUUUCAAUUCACUCGCGACGUGGACGCAACAAAUCAUUCCUAUUUCGAAAGACUGUGCGCUUCUUCUAUUGGGCCAUUACCGCAAGGGAUAUACUCUGAAUCGAAUAUGCCGGAAGGUGUCGUCACGAGGAGAAUCGAGCUUGGCAUGGAACUACAAAGUCUUGCCCUUGAGUAGAGAUUCUACACUUCAUCAUGUCACCUUGUCUCAAGAUGGACAAAAUGUGACUGGAUUAUUGGGCGACACGCAACAGUCGGUUGCUUGCGUCUGGGAUUUGGCCUUGGAAUGGUUCGCCAAUGAAUAUGCAAUGGCUUUACCAGACAUCAAAUCUCCAGUUACUGUUGGUUUGCAACAAAAAAACGUGGACAAUCGAGAAAGGACUUUGGGCCUGGUUUCAGCCGGACAAACGGUUGUUGUUAUAAAAGGAGGUAUCGGCACGCGUGCCAACUAUCACGCUGGUUUUCGAAAUACUGGUCUGAGUGCAACAACUUUCAAUCUCGAAACAGGUGUCGAAAUGCUGUCCUCUUCCCUCUCAGUUUCUCAUUUUCAUGGCGAUGAUAGCAAAGACAGCUUCUUCACGGAUGCCAAGAUCUCUUCAGAUGGGAAACUGCUGCGCACACGAAUCGCUAGGACACCUGGUCCUGGUAAACGAAGCGCACCUGGAUUUAGACGAGAGGCGUGGACCGACAUCGAGACGAUAGUUCUGAAAGUGGAGGGCUUGGAGAUAGUUCAUCGAUUCAAGGAGGCCUGGAACGCCAAUUUUACUGAACCUGUGACACUGAGCAUGUUUGCACCCAACUUUGACGUACUUGCGAGUGGCCUGUUGACUCCCCAUCUCAUUUCCAUCGCCACGAAACCUUUGAGCCAGACUACUACAUACCUUCUUCUUUACAAUGCCUACUUUGCCCCCAACAUCAACGCUGUCGCCAAACUCACCCAUCCAGCACGAGUUAACGGAUACGCGCGUUUUGCUCUCCACAGUUGCGAUUACCCAGCCGUGAUCAAGCAUGAAUCUAGCGAGGUGGAUGGGCUGCUGGUACGUGUCAAGACAAAGUCCCAGCGCCAAACGAUGCAUAACUUUGAAGGUGAGAUCUACAACGCGAUGCCCGUGGACGUGAUUCUCGAGGGUGGCACCACAGUCGAUGCAGAUAUGUAUGUGUGGAACGGCGACGCAGAUAAAGUCUCCGAUAAACCAUGGGAGCUACAAGAUUUCAUCAACGAAAGGCUUGGAGACUGGCUUGAUCUCUUUGACGGCAUUGAACUCGUUGAAGAUGAUGUCGAAAUGCUAGCAAACAGCUAG